GCGAGUGCGGUGUGCAGGUCGCGACUGUUGACACCGACUGGAACGGCUAGCUUGCAGCUCAACGGCGCUGAAGGCGACUACUACUUCACCAACUAAGAUGGAUGGCAGCUUCCGGAAGAUUGACAUUGACCAGUACGAUGAGGAUGUGCUUCUGGAGAGCGAGCUGUAUGAGCCCGAUGAGCGCGACCCCUCGCAGGUCGUGAGCGACGCGAAGCAGAAGGCAGCAACAGUGCGGCAGUCUCUGGCAAGAGGGGAUACUGCAGGAGCUCUGACAACCGCCCUUGAGGGUGCGCCAUACGGUCCGAACGUCGACGAAGCGAAGAACCUUACGCUGCAGACCGUUGUAUCGAUACUCAAUAGCACCAAGGCGACGGAGAUCCCCAACAUCGUCCGUGCACUCUCACCAGACGCCCAGGAUACCUUGAUGAAGUACCUGUACAAGGGCAUGGCGAUGCCUGGCUGGGGAGACGUCAGCGGAAGUGUGUUGCUCGGCUGGCAUGAAAAGUUGACGGAGGCUGCUGGAACAGGAUGCAUUGUGCGCGCGAUGACAGACAGAAGACUUGUAUGAUAUAGAAGGAACUGUAACAGCAUUUACCGUGAGCAACAUAUGAAGGGCUGGAUUGCCUUGUUAUCACUUCGUCCCGCUACAUGCCAUUGUCUGAAGGAAUACGACAUAAUUGCUGCCAAUGCGCCAACUUGGGCUGCGGAGGCGUUUGCUGU